CCUUGUGAAAGGUGAGGGUGCUGCACCCACCUCCUGGGCUGGGACGGCUACAAGGAACUUGUCUUGCUUUAAAAAUCAGUUUUAUUCCUGUUGCUGAGUCUCCAGCAAAUCCCUGGCUUCUCCCACCCCCCCAUUGGAGCUGACCCUGGGGACAUAAAACUUCAUCCUAGCCCUGCUGUGCCCCAGGAAGGGGGUAGUGGUGAUAUCCUCCUGAAAUCAAGGCAAAGAAUGUCUUUGUGCUCUUCUUCUUACUCUUUAAGAGAAAUCCUGCAGUGGUUUCGUUUCCUGGAAUCACAACCAUCCUUCCACACCUUCACCACACCUUCCAGGUGUGAAGGGGAUAAGGCCACCACCCCGAGGGAGUCAUCCUCACUUUGGCAUCGGUCCCUCAGGAUGCAAAGAUCAGGAGCAGAAGAACAAGACAAAGAGAUGCAAAAUGGCCUGAAUGAACAUCUGGAUGAAGCGAUGGCGAAGCUCUCAGAAUUCCUCUUCACCCAUGGCCUGCAUGGGAGAAGGGAGGGGAUUGAAUACCUCAAAGAUCGCCUGGAGAGCUUGAAGCCAGAUGUUUGUCUGGAGCCCAUCUACAUCGGGGUCUUUGGUAGCACGGGGGCAGGGAAAAGCACCUUGCUGAAUGCCAUCAUCCACAAACAGUUCUUCUUGCCCGUGUCCGGGAACGAAUCCUGCACCUCCUGCGUGGUGCAGAUCAACAAAGGAGUCAGCGGGAAGCACGAGGCAAAAAUCCACCUCAUCACAUAUGAGGAGUGGAAGGAGGAGCUGAAGGAUCUGGUGGCACUUGUGGAGCAGGAGGAAGAUGAGGACAGCAACGAGAGGUAUGAGGCCAUUUUGAAGAUCUCCACCAUCUACGGGGAAGGCGCCACAACCAAGAGCUAUGAAGAGCUGUGUAGGAUGAAACCCCCCAUCUCUAUCUCCUUCCCAGAAUAUAUCAGCCUCAAGGAAAAAAAUGAAGAAGAACUUUCCAAAAAAAUGUGCCCCUACAUCCGGACUCCGAGCAUCCAUCGUGAGGCAGAAGCAGGAGCCAAUGAAGAAAACAGAGCAAAAGUUCUCUGGCCUCUAGUCAGGAAUGUGGAAGUCACCAUCCCAAGUCUGCAAGAGCUCCCAGAAGGAGUCAUCCUGGUGGACAUCCCAGGGACAGGGGAUUUCAAUAAGAAAAGGGACACCAUCUGGAAACAGAACAUCAACAAAUGCUCUGUCAUUUGGGUGGUCAGUGCCAUGGAACGGAUUCUGGGAGACCGAACCCACGAGAUGGUGCUGAGAGAAGGCAUGAAGGCCUUCCAGUGUGGGAUGUGCAAGGACAUCUCCUUGGUGGUCACGAAGGCUGAUGACAUGGAUAUAAAUGAAUACAAGAGGGAAACCAACAAGAAUCAGAUCAAUAAACACGAUGCCAUCCUGGAAAGAAACCAAACUGUGAAGCAGAAGAAGACAGCGAUUCUGAAGAAGACCCUGGGGAGAAAUCUUCCAAGUGACUCUGAAGUUCUGCAGAAGAAUGAUCUCGUCUACACUGUCAGUGCCCGGGAGUACUGGGAGGGGAACAUGCUCAGCAGAGAAGAGACAGAGAUCCCAAAGCUGCGGGAAUACAUCCAGGACUUUUCCAGAGCUCAGAGGCGGAACAAACUGAUGGAUCAUGUGAAAGAGGCUUUGGGCACUUUCUCAUUCAUUCAGAGUCUCAAGUCCAACCAAGACCCACAGAGCCAGGAAGAGAAGGAAGAUGAGUUGAAAGCCCUGAUUCAGCAGAAGAUCAAUGAACUGGACAACAGCAUCCAGACAUGUUUUGUACCUAUUGAGCAGCAUCUCCAGGAAGGUGUAGACCAAGCAAAGAGGUUGUGUAACAAAAACACCGAUAAGAUCUUCAAACUAAGCCGUGGGGGUCAGGGCUUCCACAAGACCAUCAGAGCUCUCUGUCUGAAGCAUGGGAGUUUUUCCUCCCGCACCUUCGGCCGGAUAGACAUGAACAUGUGCCUGGCUCAGCCCAUCUAUGACAAAAUUGACAUGAGUUUUGGCAACAUGUUCAGGCUCCAGAUGGGCACCCGCACCACACUGAAAUCCUGCCUUGAUGUGGUUAAAGAGGGCAUCAAGAACGAACUGGAGGAGGCCAUGGGGGAUUACCCAGUGACUCUCAGGUUCCUUCAGCAGGAGGUUGACUUCAUCUUCAGGAAGACUGAAAAAGUCAUCCUCCAGGAGAAAGGCAACAUCUACCAAUCCCUUACCAUCUCCAUUCAAAAUGACAUGCUGCCACACUAUGAAGAUGCUGCCAGCCAAAGAGGAGAAGGUACCUUUGCCAGGAUGAAAGACACCCUGAGCCAGGGGGUCAUGAGAGAGAAGGAGAACAGAAUGUUUGAAAAAGCACAGGAGAGCAUGAAAAGCCACUUCCAGACACUGAAGCUGGAGAUCAUCCAGAAGAUGAGGAAGGAUUUUUCUGACCUGCUCGACCUCGCCUUUUGCCCACGGGUCCAGCUCCAGGGAACGCUACCAGACUUCAGCAGCCAGUUCUUCUCCAUCCGCACCAUUCACCAGAACCUGCAGCGAACUGGAGAGGCUCAACAGUCCCGUGGGGGUUAUCUCAGACAAUUUUAGCUUUAUUAUUCAUGUCUGUGGCUCACUCUGUGCCCUCUGCAGGUACAGAAGCAAUUGCUUCAAGUGGAUUUUCUUUUUCCUUCCCUAAGCCCCAAGCCCUGGUGGGUCUCACACCCUUCAGCAGUGAUCCAAGGGUGCUUGUAUCUUCUCCCCACGGGCAUCACCCUGCACCAUGGGGUUAAUGCUUUUGCAGGAGUGGGGUCAGAGGCCAUUGCCAUGGCCAGGUUGUUGAGGUCCACUCAACCAUCACUCCUCUGGGCUCCUUCAUGCUUGGAGAGACAGGAUUGUCACCCCAUAACCAACCACGUGAACGCGCCAAGCUUAUCCCCAUGUGAUCUGCCCCACUUUUAUCUCUUUGGAUGUUUUGAAAUUUGCUAAUAAAAAAAAAAAAACA